GUUUGGUGUUUUUCAUUUUUUGUUGAUAAUUUGAAAAUUUGAAAAAUCUGAUAUGUGGAAAAGGAACACAAGGGCGUCUGUGACGUCAUGGUCGUCAUUAUUAACUCUAUUUUCAAUCUCGUUUAUGUUUCUUGCACCACGAACAAUGGCGGGGUGUGGGGUUAAUUUUGAUAAGAUGAGGAAGCGCAGGAUCGAGGCUGUGCGAGGCCAGAUAUUAAGCAAGCUUGGCCUUACAGAACUCCCCAGCGCCGCCGCAACGCCGCGCGACGUUCCUAGGGAGGUCGAGGCUUUGUACAACCGCACGCGGGACUUUGUGCUCGAGCAAGCCCGCCAACAGAGGCAAGAAUGUCUCGAUCCUGAGGAGACCUACUACGCAGAAGAUGUAUUGACCGUGUAUAUGAAGAACGUACAACCACAGUCGGCGCUCCAACCAGAUCGCUACAAGGGUUACAAACUAUCAAGGGGACUUUCGGAGUUUUACGACUUCGAUCUCACAGCAACACAAGUCAACCCAGACUCAAUAGUGUCGGCAACAUUGCGAUUAUAUCAAGUACAGAACCCUGGUAGUAGGGGGGAAAGGAACCAGGUUGAACUGUAUCAACUACAACCUCCAGAAAAGGAAGGGUUGACGCCUGUCAAGAGGUUUCUCGAUAUGAAACUAAUGGACACGGGUGUGGAAGCAUGGCAGUCGUUUGACGUAACUUCAACUGUGAGAGAAUGGGUUCAAUUCCCUCACUUAAACGACGGUCUUGAACUCACGAUACCGUGUCUCGACGAAGACAACUUUUCAGGGACCCAAAAACGACGAAGUUUGGGACCCAGGAAAACCUUGGAUGUCAUUAUAGCUGGCCCGGGUGGGACUCGAACCAUGAGCAGUCGAGGUGACCAGGACCCCGAAAACUUCACCCCGGACCUUGGGAGGGAGUUUUAUCCCCACCUAGUGAUCAUGGUGAGGACCCCUGCUAACCAGGGGAGCUCUCGUACCACCACCAGCAGCCGCAGGAGGCGCAAGAGAGCAUUAGAUGCGGAUUACUGCUUCAACCGAAAUCCGUCAGAGACAAAUUGUUGUUUGAGGGAAUUAUACAUUGAUUUCCGCAGAGAUUUGGAAUGGAAUUGGGUGCGAGCACCUGUUGGUUACAAAGCUAACUUUUGCGCUGGUGCUUGUCCGUAUUUAUGGAGUAUGGACACCCAACAUGCUACUAUACUUGGUCUGUAUAAAAGUAUGAACCCGCACGCUUCUUCAGCACCCUGCUGUACACCCAAAGAACUGGACCCUCUUAUAUUGAUGUAUUAUGCCAACAAUGAGUUUAAAUUCACGAAAAUGUCGGACAUGGUUCUCCUAUCUUGCAAAUGCAGCUGAAUACGCAGUACUGCCGGUUUAAAAAUGCUGCCAGACACCUAUCUACUUCAGGGUUACUAUUUUAUGUAAGCGGAAGAUUAUCUGGCAACACUAUAGAAAUUUGAAAACAACAAUCUAUUGUGCCGCAACAAUCUGCAUUGAAUUAAAUUAUGACGUCAACAAUGUGUUCCUUGCCCACCGCAGUGCGUCACAAAGGACUGUUUAUUUAUAAAUUUUCAUUUUUUCUUUCUUUUUCCUCUGUACAAAAGAUUACGUCACACACGCUUACUGCGUGUUCAAGGACUUUUAUAAUUUCCUCAUUGCCAGCAAUUAAAAUUUGCUUAGAAAUGCUGUUUCUGGUUAAAAACUACUAAAUACACAACACAUAACAGCAUAUACAACAUAUUCGUUAUAUCAAGUGAGUUUUGUUAACUACAACGUAAAAUAUACAGGAGCGUUCUAUUCAUUUUUUAUGCUACUCGUUCAAAUGUGUCUCAAACCGCUUUUACUGUGAUAACAACAAUAACAUAAUCAUUUUUAAAUUUCGGCAAAUCGUCGUAAAAUCUGGCAACGAAAAUUUCUCUUUGUUUUUGUUGUUGUCGAUAUAUAAUGUUACUGUUGAUUUACCAUUAUGUUCUGAUUUCCCAUAAGUUGUGUCGUAAGCGAUAUAAACGACGAACAUUCCAAAGACAUGAUUAAACUUUAUCCAAUUUUUAACUUAAACUCUUAUUAUGUUGCAGUUGUAUUAAAAAUACACAAUUGCCUCUC